AUGCUCAUCUCCGCCGGAAUCCAUUACCCUCGCGCAACUCCUGAGAUGUGGCCUGAUUUGAUUGCAAAAAGUAAGGAAGGUGGAGCAGAUGUGGUUCAAACUUAUGUAUUUUGGGGCGGCCACGAGCCAGUUAGAGGACAGUAUUACUUUGAGGGAAGAUAUGAUCUUGUAAAGUUUGUGAAGCUAGUGGGAGAAAGUGGACUCUAUCUUCAUCUUCGGAUAGGUCCUUAUGUUUGCGCUGAGGGCUUCCCAGUGUGGUUGCGUGAUGUUCCUGGCAUAGUAUUUAGAACAGAUAAUACUCCUUUUAAGGAAGAGAUGCAGAAGUUUGUUACAAAGAUAGUGGAUCUGAUGCGAGAGGAAAUGCUAUUUUGUUGGCAAGGCGGGCCAAUCAUCAUGUUGCAGUGGGUGGUACUUGCAUUCUCAGAUGCUGUGGGAAACUCAUGGCAUGAGUGCGAGGACAGAGGGAUUUUGGGAUUUGAGGUUUUGGGGGUGUGGGUGGGUGGGCGGCCAGUGGCAGGCAGCCUCUUAAGGCUAUUAUUUCCAAUUGAAAAUGAAUAUGAAAAUAUCGAGCACUCAUUUGGCCACGGAGGGAAGGAAUACAUGAAAUGGGCUGCGGGAAUGGCUUUAGCACUUGACGCUGGGGUUCCAUGGGUGAUGUGCAAGCAAACUGAUGCUCCAGAAAACAUUAUAGAUGCUUGCAAUGGAUACUAUUGUGAUGGUUUUAAGCCAAAUUCCCCCAAGAAACCAAUAUUUUGGACGGAGGAUUGGGAUGGAUGGUACGCGACUUGGGGUGGAAGAUUGCCUCACAGGCCUGUUGAAGACCUUGCCUUCGCUGUUGCACGCUUUUUUCAACGUGGAGGGAGCUUCCAGAAUUAUUAUAUGUAUUUUGGUGGAACAAACUUCGGCCGGACUUCUGGGGGCCCAUUCUAUAUAACUAGUUAUGAUUAUGAUGCUCCAAUUGAUGAAUAUGGUCUGUUGAGCGAGCCCAAGUGGGGGCAUUUGAAAGAUUUGCAUGCUUCUAUAAAGCUUUGUGAACCUGCUCUUGUUGCUGCAGAUUCAGCUCAGUAUAUAAAACUGGGACCACAACAGGAGGAUUCUCCUGUAUAUCAGAGUUGUCUGGUGGAUGUUAUUCUCAUUUCUGUCUUCAACCCUAAUAUCUACCUCGUCUAUGUUACUAAAUGUGGAAGGUGCAUUGGAAAUCAGGCACAUGUGUACCAUGGAAGAGUUGACAUUGAAGGCAUGAAUUUCUCUCAGUAUGGAAGUCAAAGCAAGUGCUCUGCAUUUCUUGCUAAUAUAGAUGAACGUAAAACUGCUACUGUGAGCUUUCUUGGUCAAUCAUUUACUUUACCGCCAUGGUCAGUGAGUAUAUUACCGGACUGUAGGAAUGCUGUCUUCAACACUGCCAAGGUUGCAGCACAGACUCAUAUCAAGACUGUAGAGUUUGAUUUACCUCUUUUUUCAAAUAGUUCUGUACCUACACAAUUCAUUGUUAAGAAUGAAGGUUCUUCAAAGCCAACAUCCUGGCUGACUGCCAAAGAGCCAAUUAGUCUGUGGGGUGAGGAAAAUUUUACCGUGAAAGGCAUAUUGGAGCAUUUGAACGUGACAAAGGAUGAGUCUGACUACUUGUGGUAUUCCACCAGAAUAUAUGUUUCUGAUGAUGACGUUGCAUUUUGGGAGAAAAAUAAAAUCAUCCCUGCAGUUUCAAUAGAUAGUAUGCGUGAUGUGUUGCGAGUAUUCAUCAAUGGCCAGCUAACAGGCAGUGUGAUUGGUCAUUGGGUCAAGGUGCUCCUGCCAGUUCAGUUUCAGAAAGGAUACAAUGAGUUAGUGUUGUUGUCUCAGACAGUGGGAUUGCAGAACUACGGUGCCUUCUUAGAGAGAGAUGGAGCAGGCUUUAGAGGUCAAAUUAAGCUUACUGGGUUUAAAAAUGGGGAAAUAGACCUCUCAAACUUAUUAUGGACUUACCAGGUUGGCCUUAGGGGUGAGUUCUUUAAGGUAUACACCACAGGCGAUAAUGAAACGUUCGAAUGGGUUGAUUUGACGGUUGAUGCUAUUCCAUCCACAUUUACCUGGUAUAAGACAUUCUUCGAUGCACCAGCUGGGGAUGACCCAGUUGUACUUGAUUUGGGAAGCAUGGGAAAGGGCCAGGCAUGGGUCAACGGUCACCACAUAGGAAGAUACUGGACAGUGGUUGCUCCAAAGGAUGGAUGUAGAACUUGUGAUUAUCGUGGAGCCUACAAUUCUGGAAAGUGUAUGACAAAUUGUGGCAAUCCUACUCAAACCUGGUACCAUGUUCCUCGGGCUUGGUUAGAGGCAUCAAAUAAUUUACUUGUCGUAUUUGAGGAAACCGGAGGGAAUCCAUUUGAGAUUUCGGUUAAGUUAUGGUCAGCAAAAGUGAUCUGCGCUCAAGUGUCGGAGUCCGAUUAUCCACCUCUCAAGAAGUGGUCCUGGGCGGAUUUUACUGGUAGAAAUAUUGCAGGUAGUGAUAUGACGCCAGAAAUGCACUUGCAGUGUCAAGAAGGGCAUAUAGUCUCCUCAAUAGAAUUUGCUAGCUAUGGAACUCCUAAAGAAUUAGGAUUACUGUUCAUAACUAACCCCUCGACAUAUGCCCUAAGAGCACAUGUUAGAUGGACCCUUAGAGGAGACAUUCUUCAUUUUAUAGUUUUAGACUUGCAGGCUUGCCUGGGAAAAAAUAAGUGUGAUAUUGCAAUUUCAAAUGCUAUAUUUGGAGAUCCAUGCCGUGGCGUUGUUAAGACACUGGCUGUUGAGGCAAGAUGCAUCUCAUCAUCAGACAUUGGAUACUCUCAGUACUGA